AGGUGAGUCUGCAUGCAACAAUGGCCUUCUUGCAGCUGCUGGGUUUGGUGUUAGUGCUUGCCUUCUGUGGUGUUGGUGAUGCACAGCGUCGUGGUAUGAGGCCCCCUCCCUGGGCAGGCAAGAUGCAGAAUCCUGAGGUAGCUGCAACCCGGACCAGAGCCACGUCUGGGAAAGACCACUUCCCAUCUCUGCUAGACGAUGGGCUCGACCCAAAACGGAUCCGGCCUGCAGGCGAGCAGCUCAAGUGGAAGUUUCCAGAACCCCCAGCAGAUCCAGUGAACAGGCCACCGGUCCAGUUCAAGCUGCAGCAGCCGGUGGUAACCAACAGGGUGGCGGUAAAGUGUGGGGAGAGUAAGGUCCAGGUUGAAGUGAGUCAGGACCUGCUGGGCAUCGGCGCACUGAUCAGUCCAGAUGAAAUCACACUGGGGGGCUGUCCAGUCACUGAGGUGGAUGACCACUCCCAGGUGCUGAUCUUUGAGUCUGAGCUGCACGAGUGCGGCAGCACUCUGAUGCUGGAAGAUAAAGGCUUUGUUUACGCCUUCAAGCUGAUCUAUAACCCCAAGUCCAUGGCGAGGAGUCCCAUCACGAGGAGCCAGAGCACAGCCAUCGCAGUAGAGUGUCACUACAAGAGCUAAACCCAAUAAAGCUGUAUGUUCUGCUUCAU